GAGGUUUGAGACCCAGCCGCUCCUCUGGUCCACUAGACGGCAGCAGUGCGCUCGUGCAGCUCAGCUCCGUUCCUCGAGGAAGACCACAUCCUUAAGUGCAGCUCUUUUCACGUGGAAGCUGAUUUAUAUUGGACCAGGAGCUUUUAUUGUAAUGUUGAAUGUAGCCCUGCUGUUGAAGUGACAUGGCGGAGGCGUUCAGCAGUAACAGUGAGACGGUGCUGCAGCGCAGUGUGGAUGUGAACCUCACUGAAUCGGGCAGCCGGCCUGAAGAUCUGCAGGAUGUUUAUCAGAUCAACGAGACCUGUUCCUUUAUUACUAGUAACAAUUUUAAAAAGGUAGCUUUGCAGUUCCCUGAUGAACUUCUGGUAGAUUGCGUUGCAGUCUCUACAGCCUUAGAGAGAGAAACCCAAGCAAAGACUUAUAUUUUAGGUGACACCACCUACGGCAGCUGCUGUGUGGAUGAAGUGGCAGCUGAGCACGUCGGAGCUGACUGCAUCGUUCACUAUGGCCACUCGUGUCUCAGUCCGUCCAGACGACUGCCCCUUAUGUAUGUGUUUGGGAAGAGACCCAUCAACGUGCAGGAAUGUGCUAGAGCAUUCAGAGACCUCUACCCAGACCACGAGACUCACGUGAUCAUACUGUAUGAUGUCACCUACUCGCAUGCUAUAGAUGAUUUCCAAAGGCUUUUGGGUGACACCUACCCCAACGCUGUGUUCUCUGUUCUAAGAGCAGAUAAUUCACAUGGUCAGGUUUAUGGACCUCUCAAAGUUAGCAGUAACUCGAUCUGUCAGGACGACGGGUUUGUUCAUAAAUUCGGCCGGCAGUUUGGUUUAAAUCAAGGAAAGAAUGUGGAGGAUUACAGGAUGUUCUACAUUGGCCACGAGGGUCUUAUUCUCACUAACUUCAUGAUGACGUGGAACCGCUGUGCCUUCAGUUCAUUCAACCCCGACACAUCGACAGGCCGAGUCGAAUCUAUCAACAUCAACAAAGCGCUGAUGAAGCGCUAUUACGCCAUUGAGCGAGCGAAGGAUGCCAGUGUGGUGGGAAUCCUGGUGGGAACGUUGGGUGUCUCCAACUACUUGACCAUCAUUGAACAGCUAAAAGAAAGUAUUCGCAAAGCCGGCAAGAAGAGCUAUAUGUUUGCAAUGGGCAAGAUCAACGUACCAAAGCUGGCCAAUUUUUUGGAGAUUGAUGUGUAUGUGUUAGUUGCUUGUCCAGAGAACUCGCUGCUGGACUCUAGCGAAUUCUACAGGCCGGUGGUGACGCCGUUUGAGAUGGAAGUGGCCUGCAACAAGCAUCGUGAGUGGAGCGGAGAAUACAUCACUGACUUUCAAGACCUGCUGCCUGGAGGGAGCAGUCAUGUGGCCUUUCCUGAGUCAGAUCAGUGCGGUAAUGACGACACAACAGAUGUGUCACUGAUCACUGGAGCACUUCGCACUUCCUGUUUACGAUCCUCCUCCAAGUCGACAGAUGGUUCGUCAUUGGCUUCUUCAGUUGUGAUCAGGAAUCAGACUCUAACUGUGGCCAACACAAAUACUGCAGCAUCUUUUCUGGCGGGUCGAAGCUGGCAGGGGUUGGAGCCCAAGCUGGGGGAAACACCAGUAGUAAAAGCUGUGGAGGGAAGACGGGGUAUCGCUAUUGCUUAUGAGGAGGAGGGCACACACAGUAAAGACUGCUUGACCUGACCAUAAAACUCCAAAGGCACAGAGGAAGUGGCUUUUCCAUACAUAAUAUAAAAAUUGUAAAAAGGAACAUAGAUGAAGAGAGAUUUUGGUGAGCAGGUGGUGCUAUAGUAAGCAAUUCUCUGUUGCUUCUUAUGGCCUGUGAUGUAGACUGUAAUUUGUGAGCUUUUACACACACGUGUGUUUGGGGGUGAAUAAAAAAUCAAGAACAAACCAUAAACACAAAAUAAAUACACCAACAAUUUUGCCCUGGUUGGAGGUUGUCAUUAAAAGCCAAUGAAUACCAGACAUUAAAGAAAUAUACAGUCGAUGUCUUACUUUUUUUCCCCAAUUAUUACAUCUUUCUUGAUUCUCUACUGAAGGACUCGCGUGCAUGAUUCGAAGACAGUUAAAAUACC